AUGGCAGACUCGUUUCGCAAACCCGAACCAUUGAGCUUCGAGGGAAAUGUAGCAGAAAAUUGGCGUCGGUUUGAGCUUGAAUUAGACAUAUUCAUGGAAGCCGCACACCACGAUAAAGAUGCGAAGACGAAGGCCUACAUCAUGCUGAAUAUCCCGGGCCGAGAAGCAAUUGAGAAAGAAAAGUCGUUUGUAUAUGCAUCGGCCGUUCGUAACACUGACGGUGAAGUGGUAACACCUGCCGAGACGAAGGAAAGCAUGGUGGUCCUUAAGCGAAAAUUUAAAGAAAUCUGCAAUCCGCAAGGAAAUGUAAUCAUGGAAAGACACAGAUUUCAUGUAAGAAAUCAGAGAGACGGUGAGUCUAUACAAUCUUAUGUUGCCGAUCUUCGUAUAUUAGCAGACACGUGUGAAUACGGUACAAUGAAAGACGAGUUUAUUCGUGACAAAAUUGUAUGCGGAAUACAGUCGGAUAGGGUUCGUAAACAGUUGUUAAAAGAAAGAGCACUCACACUUGAUAAGGCAGUACAAAUUUGUCAAUUAAAUGAACUUUCCGAAGACUAUGGAAAGCGAUUGUCGAAGCAGGAUUCAGAUAAACAUGAUAUAAACUAUUUAAGAAACAAAAAGCCAUUAAGAAAUCAAUCAACCAUACAAAGCUGCAAAAGUUGCGGGGGCGAACAUAAAGCCGAAAAACAAGCGUGUCCUGCAUUUAGAAAAGAGUGCCAUGGUUGCGGGAAAUUAAAUCAUUUUAAGAAAGUAUGUUAUUCUGAAAAAUCUCGAGAAGUUGGUAAAACUAAAAAAGGAAAGCAGUCACGGGUUAAUAGAAAGCCCAAAAUUGAUGAAAUAGCUCGUGAUGAUUCAUCUGACGAAAGUAGCGAAGAUUUAUUUAUCAUAGGAACAAUAGAAGAAUUAAAUAAAGUACGUGAUAAGAAGGAAAUUCUUUGUUCGUCUAAAAUCAAUGGUCAUGAAAUGAAAUUAAAAGUUGACACGGGAGCGAGAUGUAAUGUAAUGUCCCUUAAAUUAUUCAAAGUUUUGAGAGACGGUGAACGAAUUAAUAAAUCAAAGUCUGUAGAGUUAGUGGCUUUUGGGGGUCAUACCUUCUCAACUUUGGGUACUGUUUGUUUGAACUGUAGGAUAAAUUCGAAAGUGUAUAGUUUAGAAUUUCAGAUUGUUGACAGGCCAGUCGCAUCUCUUCUUGGUUUAAGCGAUUUGUUGAAGAUGAAGUUGAUCAAAUUCAACGAAUACGUUCAUGAAGUCAAGUCAAGUGGCGAUUAUGCACAACAAGUUUUGAAUAAGCACAAAGAUCUGUUCGAUAAUAACCUUGGCGAGCUACCAGCAGUAUACUCCAUGAAAGUGGACAACAGUGUUACACCUGUAAUCAAACCACCCCGAAAGAUUCCAGUGGCCAUGGAAAGCAGCGUAAAGAGAGAGCUCGACAACAUGGUGAAGAAAGGAGUAAUCGUGCCAGUGUCAGAACCUACAGAAUGGGUUUCGCAGAUGGUAGCCACAAGAAAGAAGAAUGGUACUAUACGCAUUUGUUUGGAUCCACGGGAUCUGAACAAAGCUCUAAGGAGAUCUCAUCACCCGAUGAGAAAUGUAGAAAGUGUUGCUGCUCGUAUGGCGGGUGCCACAGUGUUUUCCACCUUGGAUGCAAAAACUGGAUUUUGGCAGCUGAAAUUGGACGAACAGUCCUCAAUCCUCACUACGUUCAGCACACCUUUCGGGCGGUAUCGCUAUCUCCGUAUGCCAUUUGGUAUUAAUACAGCGUCAGAAGUGUAUCAAAGAACGAUAGAACAGUUGUUCACAGGCUAUCCUUGCGAGAUCAUUGUUGAUGAUAUACUGGUCUGGGGGCGAGAUGACGCAGAACACGAUUCCAACCUGGAGAAAGUAAUGCAACGAGCAAGAGAAAUUAAUCUCAAGUUAAGCGUGGGGAAGUGCAAGUUUCGACUCCAGAGUGUUUCAUAUGUUGGGCACAAGUUUACCAAAGAUGGGUUGAAGCCAGAUGAUGAAAAGAUCAAGGCAAUCAAAGGAAUGCCAGCUCCAGAUGGACCGAAAGCGUUGCAACGAUUCCUUGGUUUGUUGAAUUAUUUGCAUAAGUUCAUCGAAAAUUUCAGUGAGAAAACAGCCCUUCUGCGACAGUUGUUGAGCAAUGAAGUAGCAUGGUGUUGGGACGUACAUCAUGAAGAAGCUUUUCAAAAGUUAAAGGACGAAAUUAGCAAUCCACCAGUGCUAAAGUUUUUCGAUCCUGCCAGAAAAGUGGUUCUGUCUGUCGAUGCCUCAAAGAGUGGACUUGGAGCCGUGUGUCUUCAAGAUGGUUCUCCAGUGGCGUAUGCUUCUCGUGUGAUGACGGAGACAGAAACAAGAUACGCGCAGAUCGAAAAGGAACUGUUAGCAGCCGUUUUUGCUUGCGUAAAAUUCCACGAUUUUGUAUAUGGUAGCAAAGUGGUGAUUGAAACUGAUCAUAAACCUCUCAUCACGAUAAUCAAGAAACCUCUACAUGUAGCGCCAGCCCGACUCCAGCGAAUGCUGUUACAACUCCAGAAGUAUGACUUGGAAUUUGUCUACAAAAAAGGGAAAGAUCUGUUCGUUGCUGAUACUUUAUCACGUGCCUAUAUUGAUGAGAAACCCGAUGAAGAUAGCAACGAUGAUUUUGAAGUCAUGGUCGUAGAAUCGAUUUCGCCGACGAGAAUGGAAGAAUUGCGGAAAGCAACAUCUUCAGAUCCUAUCAUGCAGAAGUUAAUUCAAGUAAUUCGAAGUGGUUGGCCAACGAAGCACCGAGGCGUAUCAACCGCACUUGCACCAUAUUUUGCUGUAAGAGAUGAAUUGGUGGUUGAGAACGGAAUAGUUAUGAAGAGUCAAAGGGUUGUUGUCCCAGAGAAUUUACGACAAAGUUAUAUCAAGCAGCUCCAUAGAGGACAUCCAGGAACUGAAGCUACGAAGAGAAGAGCACGGGACGUUGUUUAUUGGCCAACGAUGAGCAAAGACAUCGACCUCGUAGUAAACUCGUGUGGAGCAUGCAACAGCACGAAACCACAUCAAACCAAAGAGCCGAUGAGAAGUCAUCCAACAGCAGAGUUACCAUGGACCCAAGUAAGCGCUGACAUUUUUGAAUGGAACAAUUUGAAAUAUCUAGUAGUUGUUGAUGCAUACUCUGGAUGGUUUGAAAUUGACACUCUGUCAAAUAUGUCAUCCAAGACGAUCAUAAAGAAGAUGAAACGUCAUUUUGUGGUUCACGGCAUUCCUGAAUUGUUGUUGACUGACAACGGAUCGCAGUUCGUCAGCAAGGAAUUUCAGUUAUUUGCGAAGGAAUGGAGUUUUAAGCAAGUUACUAGCAGUCCUUCAUAUGCCCAGUCUAAUGGUUUAGCAGAAAACGCAGUUAAGCAAGCAAAGAAGCUGUUGGAAAGGUCUAAGAGAGAUGGUUCCGAUCCUUUACUUGGGUUAAUUGUUGAAUCUUAG